GACAUGAGGUGGAUACUGUUCUUCGUGACCCUUAUUGGGUCAAGCAUCUGUGGCCGAGAAAAGUUUUUCGGGGACCAAGUUUUUAGGAUUAAUGUCAGAAAUGGAGACGAGGUCAGCAAACUGACUUGGCUAGUGCAUUCGGACAACUUUAAGCUCAACUUCUGGAAAUCUCCCUCCACCUUGGGCCGGCCUGUGGAUGUCUUGGUCCCGUCUAUCAGUCUGCAGCCAGUCAAAUCCUUCCUGAAGUCCCAGGGCUUGGAGUAUUCAGUGACAAUUGAUGAUCUACAGGCCCUUUUAGAUAAUGAAGAUGAAGAAAUGCAACACAAUGAAGGGCAAGAACGGAGCAAUAACACCUUCAACUAUGGGGCUUACCAUUCUCUGGAAGCUAUUUACCGUGAGAUGGACAGCAUUGCCACAGAUUUUCCUGACCUGGCCAGUAGGGUGAAGAUUGGACAGUCAUUUGAAAACCGGCCGAUGUAUGUCCUAAAGUUUAGCACAGGAGGCGAGCAGCGGCCGGCCAUUUGGCUCAAUGCAGGCAUCCAUUCCCGCGAGUGGAUCUCACAGGCCACUGCCAUCUGGACGGCAAGGAAGAUUGUGUCUGAUUAUGGGAAGGAUCCAGCUGUCACCUCCAUCUUGGAGAAAGUGGAUAUUUUCUUGUUGCCUGUGGCCAAUCCUGAUGGAUAUGUGUACACACACACUCAAAACCGAUUAUGGAGGAAGACACGGUCCCUGAAUCCUGGAAGCCGCUGCAUUGGCACUGAUCCAAAUAGAAACUGGAAUGCAAGUUUUGCAGCAGGAGAGGGAGCCAGUGAUAACCCUUGCUCCGAAGUGUACCAUGGCCCCCAUGCCAAUUCUGAAGUGGAGGUGAAAUCGGUGGUAGAUUUCAUUCAAAAACACGGAAAUUUCAGAUGCUUCAUCGACCUGCACAGCUACUCACAGCUGCUAAUGUACCCCUAUGGAUACACUGUCAAGAAGGCCCCAGAUGCUGAGGAACUGGACGAUGUGGCAAGGCGUGCAGCCGAAGCUCUGGCUUCUCUAUCGGGCACUAAGUACCAAGUGGGCCCAAUCUGCACCACUGUGUAUCCAGCUAGCGGGAGCAGCAUCGACUGGGCAUAUGACAAUGGCAUCAAGUAUGCAUUCACAUUUGAGUUGAGAGAUACAGGACACUACGGCUUCCUCCUGCCGGCCAACCAGAUCAUCCCUACUGCAGAGGAGACCUGGCUGGGGCUGAAGACCAUCAUGAAGCACGUGCGGGACAAGCUCUACUAGACAAGGAGCCCCCGUCUACACUUCUGUGUACCCAUAAGCACAGCAACUGAGGCCACUCUUAAAGGAGCCCAUUCCUUCACGUUGAGUCAGGGCGCUCUGGCUCCGUACAGAACACAGGCCAGCCCUCUGCAGCCCUGCUCCUUGGAGUUCACGCCUCCCGUGAUGUACCUGGGAGAAGCACCUCUGCUAACCUGCUGUGCCUAGACCUGCUGUUUGGCUGAGCUUUUGGCUGUACCUUCCUUCCACAUGGCUGAUUGAGCAGGCCGCGUGCAGGGCAGCAUACCUCUACCUCAUUUCUAGAGCUAAAGAACAUCUCUGGUGAUUCUCUAGCUCCUUCACAUCUAGCCAAACCAGGCACCUGACUCUGGUGGGUGUCCCACAGGAGUGCUAUGGGAGACAAUGCUUGUUUUCAGUUGGGUCUCAAAGAUGACAUAGAGCUUCCUUGAAUUUCUCUCAGUCCUUCCAAAACAUUCUUCUCUUCUUCCCCCUCUCCUUCUCCUUCUCCUUCUUUCUCCUUCUUCUUCUUUGAGAUAAAGUCUUAUUAUGUUGCCUAGGCUGGCCUUAAGUUCCUGGGUUCAAAUGAUUCUCCUGUCUUAGCCUCUUGAGUAACUGGGACUACAGGCACACCCACCAUGCCCAGCUUAGGAACAUAUCUUUCUUUGAGCAACAAAUCCUAUAAGGUCCCCCCUCCCUCUUAUUUGGCCUGAAUACAAAGCAGAGACUCUCUUCCCGUCACUAGAUAAGAAUUUCCAGAUACUGCAGUUCUUAUCACUUUCUUCUCUUUACUGGGAUCCCAGAAGGGGAUCCGUGUCACUAUAGGUGCCACUCACCCAGGAUCAUGGAUGAAGUGGUGGACUAAAUUGCAGGAUUGCUCAAUUAUCUCCAUCUGUCCUAACAGACUCAUCUCCACUUUGCCUUUUGAACUUACUUCAAAGAUCUUGCCCUCAGCCUUCACAUCCUAAAUCAUUCCUCUGGCCUGGAUAAUCUCACGGCCUCAGUGCUUUCCUGUUUGUGCUCUGGUGUACCCUGCGUUUCCUUCUGUUUUCUUUUACUUUGGUCUUUAAAGUUGCCUUCUUCUGUUGUGUAUCCUAGACCACAAGUACCUACGUGGAACAAGAAUUUAUCAGUCAGAUGCCUCUUGUUCCAUCUCCUCAGCACGUACCAUCUGUCCUUUUUUUGUUUUGUUUUGUUUAUGUUUUUGCUAUUUUCAAACAUGUCUGUAAAUCUCAACCUUCUGCCUAGGAUUUGUGCAGCAUCUGGUGUGUGCUCAGAAGCCAAUAAAUAUUCAAUAUGAGUCUCA